AUGCUCUCCUCCCUCCAAAAACGCGGCGGUCCAUACCCCUCGACCACUGCAGGUCUUGGCGGCCUACCCAGUAACGACAUCGAUACUCCGAUCUGCGCCGUCUUCCUCAUCCUCUACAUCUGCUUCGCUGUGGUCAACAUGACGAUCCUCCAGAAGAACAACCGAAGAAACCACAAGUUCCUUCUAUCCGGCAUGCUGUUUGGUUUCUGUAUGGCUCGGAUAACCACUCUCACCCUGCGCAUCGUAUGGGCAAAUCGACAACACAAUGUCCGCGUCGCCAUAGCAGCGAAUAUCUUCGUGAACGCUGGCAUCCUGUUGAUAUACAUCAUCAACGUGAUCCUCUCCCAACGUAUUCUCCGCGCCAAACAACCACAGAUUGGAUGGCAUCCGAUUCCGCGGAUCGGCACCAAGGUUCUAUACUACCUGAUCCCCGGAGCGCUGGUCAUGGUGAUCACCGCAACUGUGGUCCAAGUCUACACCCAGAACCCCGACGUCCGCUCAUCCUGUCGUGAUGUACAGCUGGCCGCCAUGACAUACCUCCUCAUCUUCACCUGCGUUCCCCUCCUUCACAUCGCCGCCGCGGUGUUCUUACCACGACGUACGGACGAAGAGACAUUUGGCGAGGGUAGUAUGAUGGCCAAGAUCAUCAUCGUGACACUCUCGAGCUGCAUGUGCAUCCUGGUCGCAGGCUUCAAGGCCGGUGCCAACUGGAGCGCCCCGCGGCAGCUUUCUAACCCGGCGUGGUACCAUUCCAAGUCGUGCUUCUACGUCUUCAACUUUAUGCUCGAGAUCCUCAUCCUGUGCCUGUUGACCUUUAGCCGCAUCGACAAGCGUUUCCACAUUCCGAAUGGCUCGACCAAGCAUGGCGACUACAGCCGCACGCAGAGCGAAGCGUCCGAUGUGACAAUGGCCGGCCCCGAGCCUCAGACAGAGCCCAAGGCAGAGCCCAAGGCACAGCCCUAA